CCCGCUUUUUACGCUUUUUUCCAUUCAACAAUUCAACAAUAUCAAGUAAAAUUCAUAUUAUUCUCAACUCUACAAACAAACAAAUUCUUCAUCUCUAAAUUUAUCUUUUUAAAAAUGUCUUCAGCUGAUACCAAAACUCUCAUCUAUGACACUCUUAAAACAUUAAACGCUUCUACCGAAGAUUCAAAAAACGAUUUUUUCAAUAAGGAUUUUUAUGUCCCCGAUUCUUUUUCUACUUAUUUCAGUGGUGUUAUUUCUGAACAAGAUAUUCAAGAUGCUAUUAAUCAACUUCAACAAGAAAGAAGAAAAGAAUCCGAAAAGAAAGGAAAAAAUAAUCAAACCGAAAAUUCUAAAUAAAGAAACCAGAAAAUUUAUUAAAAAAUGAAACUUUUGAAGUUUUAUAAAUAAUUAGAUAAUAGAUUUGCAUUUUUCAACCAAUUUAAUUCAUAUAUACAUAUCAUACAUAUUUUCACUCUUUACAACACGCAUUAUCACAUUUGUAAUUUUAUACUUUUUGUACGAUACAACUAUCCAAAAAUAUAUAAAAUAGAUUUUUUUUUUUUU